AUGACGACACGAAGGCCCAACUUCGACCAGUCGAAGCUCAUCGACACGACUCCCCUACCCGACAACGUCCCCUCGGUCAAGGAAGUCGGCGCCAGCUCGGCCCCCCUUCUCUCGGCCUCGUUCUUCAUCGGUGCCCGAUGCCGCGAUUACAACGAUGAUUACAUGCAGUGCAAGACGGAGAACCCUGGACGGGGAGAGUUCGACUGCCUCAAGGAGGGUCGUCGUGUGACCCGCUGCGCGUCGAGUGUAAUCGACGACCUCAACACCCAGUGUCUCGAGCAGUUCCGCAAUCACUGGAAGUGUCUAGACAACCACAACCACCAGCUCUGGCAGUGUCGUCCGUUCGAGUGGAAGCUUAACAAGUGCGCUUUUGACAAUCUGAAACUCGAGAAAACCAUCCCUGACCAACCCACCAACGUCACUCCCGUCCAGCUCAGGCCCCAGCAAAUCAUGGCGGACCGCAAGUUCCGCUCCAUUGAGGGCAAGCCCUUUAUCGCUGGCCAGGAAGAGGCCAAGCAAUAA